AUGCCCUCAGAAUCCGCCCUUUCCCAGGCAGCCGUCCGCCAUCUCCUGCCCGAACCUACACUCUCCACCUCUUCUCCGUUCCAUCCGGCCUACACCAUGUCUCGCGCAUCCACGUCGUCCCAGCCUCGAAGUCUACGCCAGAUCCAAGAAGCAGCCGGCAGCCGGCGCGGUAGUGCAAUGUCCAUCGACCCAUGGGGACCUCUUGAGGACGAGUGGGACGAGUCUCCUCAUUUUCGUCAUGGGUCGCCUGGGUGGUGUUUCCCCCCUCGCAGCUCUACGGCCUCGUCCGUUUCACAGCAGGCAUCAGCGCUGUCUUAUGGAACGAGAAUGCGAUUGUCGGAAGACGAGGAACGGAGAAGCUCGUUUGGCGGCGUAGAAGGGCGUAGAAGGAGCAGCAACAGGAGUUUGGUCGGCUUUGGAUUUUCGACUUCCAGAAGAAGAAAGUCCAGUGGUCUGCACAACGUCUACGCGAGCCAUCGACUUCGAAGCUCGGCAAGUUCUGGCGGGUACAGCCUUGAAUCAGUGGACGAGAACCGUCUGCACCAGCUUCAGCGGCUUGGGCUUCUGCGGAGAAGGUACUCGGACGUCGUCAAUACCAAAAGCGACAGUGAGGACGAGGAUGAAGAGCCCGAUACCAGCAGGAGGAGCGACCUGAGGGAAAUGCUCAGUCGGUGGUCGCUGAGCUCGUCAGACCAUCACCACUACGAGGGAGACGAGGAUGAUGGAGAAGCCGAGAUCUUGACGGCAUCCUAUGCCUCUACGCCUGCACACCCGUCCCCUUCCUUCCCCGAGCGUUCUUCUCUAUCUCCAGACCCUGUUGAGAGUUCCUUCGUCGAUGGUUUGGGUACCAUACCUAUCUCUUCGUAUCCACCACCCCAUUCACCACCCUUCCCUGCACACCUCCCCAUCCCAGACACAUCCUCCUACACCUUCGGCGGUCCCUCAUCUCGCCCAUCUCUUCAACGUUCUCUCACAGACUACGCCUUUCCUCCCCGCAAUACUGGUGCACCUCAUCUCCCCGAGCUUCCCUCACCUAUCCGGAACGCUCUCAGCGCUAUCGCACCCGCCUCGCGCUACGCUGUCCAUCUGCAUGAAGAACGAUCGACCGGAUCCUUUCCUGUCGCCCGUACUGCCCCUAUCGGCUCAUCUCCCCUUCGAGAAAGUGCCCGUCGGCAGUCUGUAAUGUCGUCAGAGGAGGACGGUCCUUCCCAAAGAGGCUCCUUGGCGGACGCCCCGCCUCUCUUCCCUCGACAGGAAGAUCAGUCCGUCUGGCGUCCUAACGCCCCCCACUCCAUUCCCCUCCCCAUAAAUCCUUAUCGUUUCCCCACCACAUCCUCCCUCGCUGUCCACGCGCUUUCUCAAUACCAGUUCCCCUCCCUCUCGCCCUCUGCCGCGUCGUUCAACUCGGCAACGUCUUUCGAGUCCCUCAUCACCCCAAGGGCUGCGCCCGUCACCAUCUCGGGGGUGAGGGAUGGUCCGACGACGGAUGAACGGCUGGCGGCUGAAGCGGCAGCAGAAGCUGAGCUAGAGGGAUAUCCUUUCCAUGCUCCCCCGAUGGAGAGGAUCAGUGCGCCUGCCUCCCCGUCUAUCCUCCAUGUGCGUGGCGAAGCGCCCCCAUUCGCGGGAGGCAUGAGACGUACCCUCUCAGUUACUUUUGCCGAUGAGAUCCCUCUUGGCUUGAAGGGGCAGAAGAGGGGGUCGUGCUCUAGUGUCUCUGUAUACUCUACAACAUCGACACCGAGUCGACGCGGGUCAUUGUUGAACGAAGAGGCGACAGCGGAUGUGGGGCUAAAGAGGUCUUCUUCUCCUUUGGCCAAGCUUUUCAAAAUGGCGGGGAAAGGAAAGGAGAAUGUUGAGAGAGAGCCGACGAGGAGGGGUUCAACGAAGAGAAGUGGAUCGGCAGACGCAAUGUGGGAGGGCUUGGGGCGGGACUCUAGGGGAAGAAGAUGA